AUGCGAUCCAGUGCUAUCUCUCAAAAAGGGGUCUCUUCGGCUCUUAACAAGCGGCGGGAGGCAACGGUAGGGCGAAAUACGGGGACAAAUACUACACUGUACCAACGGCACCCUUGGAAGACCUUCCCCAUCCUCACCGCCGAAAGCUAA